UGGUAGUGUUUUUAAUAAUGGCUGGGGGAAAUGAUAUGGACAUUGAUAUUGGGAUUGAAUAAUAAAACUGAAGAUAUAAUAAGGAUAAUCGUAGUGGUUAAAUAUAAGGAAAAGGGGUGGGAUAUGACAAAGUUGGUAAGGCAAUGUGUCUGGGAAAAGCGAGAGGAAUUGAAUAAAAUGUAAUUGUGAUUGAUAAGUGGGAAAGGAAGAGAUGAAUAAUAAGUGUAACAAAUAUAGAUUUAGAGGGAGGAUAAGCUGGGAAAGAAUAAAACUUGGAUAAAUAUAAACAGCUAUGGGAAAUAUGAUCGGGGUCGGGACUUGAUGAAAGG